GGAACCAACGACCCUGUGAGAGGGAACAUGAGGGAACACUCUGAAUGUGACACCAGCAUUCACUUCCGUAAACACGGGGUGUACUUCCUCUGGGGAGGAGAGCGCACACAUGCUCCGGGUGGUCCACAGCACAGUCCGGGCUUCACCUUCUAAACUCAUCUGUUUCUACCACAAACACCGUUUGAUACCGAUGUGUGUGUGAGAACAAUGGAGCCAGCUCUGUCCGUCCUCUUCAGCCCGAUCUUUUAGCCAAUGUUAGCCUAGCUGCGCCACGUUUAUACAAUGGAGAUGGACGGUCUGGACUUUCUGAACAGCCCUCCUGUGAAGACGGUCAGGUUUGGAGGCAGUGUGGCGGAGACGUUGUUAAAAUACAAGCAGGGAGACUCCAGUGAUUAUGAGCUGCUGAAGCAUCAGCUGGCUGAUCCUGAGAUAAAGGAUGCUCAGAUCAUCAGCUGGCUGCAAGAAUUUCGGAGAUGUGUGACCCAGCUAACCAAGGACCACGAGCAGCUCAUCUAUACUCUCCUGAGGCUUCCAUGGGUGGGCCGGAGCCAUGCGGUGGUGGAUGAGUACAUGACCUUCCUCAGUAACCUGGUCUCAGCACAGACUGUCUACCUGUGUUCCUGCCUCAAGAUGGUGGUCUCCCACUUCACUCCCAAGCGAUUGACCAUCUGUGAAGGGGGAGUGGAUAUCUCUGAUUCAGAUGAUGAAGAUGAGAACCUCCCUAGAAGCUUUGAUCGGUGUCACCAGGCAUUACAGCUCAUCACCAAAUACGUUCCAGCCACAAGUCGCUUUCUGAUGCCCAUUGUGCAAGAGAACUUCCCUUUCAUACAGAAAUCCUCCAGAACCCUGGAGUGUUAUGUCCACAACCUCCUGAGAGUGACAGUGUACAUACCGUCUAUUCGACGAGACGUGCUGGAGGUGAUCUUUGAAAAGAUGCUCAAACUAGAUGUGAGUGCAUCCCGCUCACACAUUGAAGAAGCAGAGGAGAAUGCCGUGCAGAGCCAGGGGGCAGAGGAGCACGCUGAGGAGGGGCUCUUUGACAUGGAUGAGGACGUGGCAGCAGAUCAGCCCCCCAGCACCACUGCGAUGGCCCAUCCAGUGGCUGAGCGGCUGGACACUCUCAUGGCUGUGAUGAUGUCUUACAUCAAGGACGUCUGCUUUUUAAACGGCUCUCUUCAUGUGGAGAAGACGAAGGAGCUGUACAAGGAUUUGUUGAGUGUGUUUGACAAACUCAUUCUGCCAACACACGCUUCCUGUCACGUCCAGUACACACUCUUUUACCUCUGCAGCUUCAGACUGGCCCUGGCAGAGGCCUUCCUGGAGCACCUGUGGAAGAUCCUACAGAACCCCUCUCAGCCUGCUGUCCUUCGCCAGGCUGCCGCUGGAUUCCUGGGAAGCUUCCUGGCCCGAGCCAAGUUCGUCCCUGUUCCCACUGUGCGGGCCUGUCUGGACCUGCUGCUCUCCUGGAUCCAUCGCUACAUCGACAGUCAGGACAGCAGCGGCAAACAGGCCUGCUGUGACAUCAGCCUGCAUGGGCCCUUCUACUCAGCCUGCCAGGCCGUCUUCUACACACUCAUCUUCAGACACAGAGCCAUGCUGGAGGGCAACAUGAAGAAAGGUCUGGAGUACCUGCAGAGUUUGAACCUGGAGCGGGUAGUGAUGUGUCAGCUGAACCCUCUCAAAGUCUGCCUUCCUUCAGUCACCAACAUGUUUGCUGCUAUCACCAGGAAGUACCAGGUGGUGUUCUGCUACACCAUCAUAGAAAGGAACAACCGCCACAUGCUGCCAGUGAUCCGCAGCUCAGCAGGAGGCGACUAUGUGACCACCAACACCAACCCUCUGGACAGCGUCUUCCCCUUCGACCCUUACCUGCUCAAGAGGUCCGGUCAGCAGAUUGAGCCACUCUACCAGGUCUGGGAGGAACUGGCAGACAUGGAGGUGCUUCCUGGCAAAACGGCACCACAGGGCUCCAAGGAGGACGAGGAUGACUUCCUGUGCGGGGAGACACCGCAGGCUGAGGGCAUUGUGGGAAUUACUCCCAGCUCCUACGACUCAAACCUCCACAGCCCAGGCAUGGGCUCACCCCCCUUCUGCUACCAGAAACCAUUCUAGUCCCUCAUCAUGGACUGUGACGUUCUAAUGGACAGUAUGGUUUUCUCUCUGCUCUCUGAAUCCAAAUUAUCGUUCACAUAAUUUAGGGUCAGACCUUAUCUUUACUCCACAGGCUGUACGUGACGUUAUAUUGAAUCCAAAAAGAGUCAAACCCAGUUGAAGGGAUGUGACUGAACUCUGUUACUAGUUUACACUUUAAAGGAUUCAUGCAACAGUCCGACCCAAACCUCCCUGGUUCUAUCACAUGAUGUAUUUAAGUAAGAAGCCACGUUGGCACAUGCAUAACCACGGUGCUGGGAGAGUUCCUGAUAAUCAGAUUAUAUUUUUAUGAAUAUAUUUUUGAAGUUUUACUGUAGCUUGGUACAGACUACACAGCAUUACUGUAAAAAGGUCUGGAAUGGAAAGCAUCCUCAGCCCAUCACAUGUACUGUUGUGAGUUCCCACUGUAAGCUGCACCAACGCUGACACGUUAUUUUCACAGAAUGCAUCUGUGGCCUCAGCAUCUUGGAGAUGAAGAGAAAUAACCAAUGAGAGGGGAACAGGAAAGUGUGUGUGUGGGGGGGGGGGGCUGGCACACGCAACACAGGGAUGAAUGUCAAGAGCGAGCAGGCGGAGCAGCUCGGCACAGACUGGAGCUGACUGUGGGGAUACUGCCACAUUCUGUCAAGUCUGAUCCAAAAACUACCACCACCACUCACAUGGCCAGUGUUUGUACUGUGAGGUGUGAGCCGUCUGAGACACAUCAGACUGUCGGAGCAGUAAGAAACAGAACGGAUCUUCUGCUGCUGAAGCUUGGGUUCAACUUUUCUUCUCCCAUCAGUGGCAGCAGGGGUACUAGUCCAAGAAGGGACGUCUCCCUCAACUGUCCUCAGUGUACAAAUACUCAUGUAAAUAUUGUUUUAUGACAGACUGGACUAAAUCUGAUCGUGUCCUUCAAGAAAUCGGACAUUUUUGUUCUUUGAUUCUUUCAAAGAAUAGUUUUUUAGUUAAGAGUAUUUGUAUUUCUUCAUUUUCAGUUGAGUGUUCCUCCAUUUUUCUGUGUGUUGUUUUAAAGGUACUACAUGUACCUGAACAUCUCUCUGGGGCUAGCAUGCUGACUUCAGUAUAAUGGUAAUUGGUCCUUAUAUUGAAGUGGGGAUUUAAGUUAUUAUUUGUUUAUUUUAUUAUAUUAUUUCUAAAGACAAAAAUAAGUUCUGCACCACAACCUUCCUUUGGGCUUUUGUAAAGGUUUUUUUUUGCGUCAGCCGCCCCACAGGGAUGUCUCACCUGUUUCAUUUCAAUAGUGAGAUCAUUCUCUUUGUUCAUAGAGCUGUGUAGUUCGUGAUCCGGGUCAUGGAUCAGGGUUCUUACGCUUGUAUUGUGAACAGCACAGUGACUGCUGUGGCACACACACACUCUCAUCAUGAUCAGAAAUAAAGUGUUAAAGUAAACAGGACAUCGGGUGCAGUUGUCAGUUAUUGCUUUAAUAUAAAAUAGUAACAGAAAGAAUAUGAGGCCACACCAAAAGUUGCAAACUGCUUCAACUACAAGACAUGUCAGAACGUUCAAAAGCAUCAGCAGCCGUCUGUAGAAAUAAACUCAAUAUUCCACAUGUAGCCUAUGACUGACUGUGUGACUACUAAACACAAGUUUACACAUCUGGAGCUACGUUGACGUACAGCCACUCCUGGAGGAACCAUGCAGUGAUAUGAAGCUGUAGAUAACAAACACUGCUCUAGUCCAGUCUCUUUAGAAACCUCAUUAUUUGCCUUUUAUCCAUGAGUAAGGGCACAAGGAGAGUUACUACAGAAAAGGUUUUGAGCCAUGUAAAAAAAAUCUUUUUUUUGAAAAUGCAUGAUUUUUCUUUUUAA